UUUGGGCUCCGUCUCGCCCAUGUUGUUACUUUUCACUCUUUUUUUCCGGAAGCGGAAGCAUUGUACUUGAAGUUUUGGAAUAGUUUUGGCAGAUGAUUCAGUGCAGAUACUUUCUAACUAUCAGCGCGCGAUCAUCGUCACGUCCUGUUGAGAGAUGGUGAACCGUCCCCCGCUGUAGUAUCCCGUCCGAGCCGAGGACAUGGAGGAGUGCGAGUCCGCCCCUGCCAGUUUCAAGAGGAGGGCCUGGGCUCAGAGCCGAGACUCCUGGCAGGCUUCUGAGUCUCAGGACCAGGGAGCAGAGGAGCCGCUGUCUGCCCAGCCUAUGGAGGAUAAGACUUCGACAGCCUCAGAAACGGGUCGUAAUCCAAAUCAAGUAGAGAACUGGCUCAGGACCUGCAGGACUCCUCUCGGGGCCUCUUUGGACGAGCAGAGCGGCAGUCCGUCCAGAGUGCCAUUAAAGAAUGGCUGUAGCUUUGAAGAUGACCUGUCCCUGGGAGCUGAGGCCAAUCACCUCCAGAACAGCAGCGCUAAAACAGAGGCCAAUGGCUAUGAAAUGCCAGCCAAGGCCAAAAGGAGCCAGUUCAAACAGAAGGGCAGAAGUAUGAACUCCACAGGUUCUGCAAAGAGCAGCACCACAGUGUCCAGUGUUUCGGAACUGCUGGACCUCUAUGAGGAGGAUCCGGAGGAGAUUUUGUACAACCUCGGCUUUGGACGGGAGGAGCCCGACAUCGCCUCAAAAAUCCCUUCUCGUUUCUUCAACUCGUCUUCUAGCGCCAAGGGCAUCGACAUCAAAGUUUACCUGGGAGCCCAGAUUCAGCGCAUGGAGCUGGAGAACCCGAACUACGCCCUAACAAGUCGAUUCCGUCAAACAGAAGUACUGGCUACGGUAGCAAACGUUUUCACGGAGAUCUACUCCCACGUGUCUGGAAGACCAAUGGAGAAAAUCGGCAAUGGCGACAUAGAAGUUAAAGCACCUACUCCAUUAAAAAGGAAUAAUUCCGCUCUGAAUGUGGCCAAAAUUCUAAAACGGAACAUUACGAGACAGAACCUGUUGGCCUCCAGCACGGAAGGAGCAGCCAAACAGCCUUCAGCACCUGAUGCUGACAACGCAGAGAGUGUGAACUCUGACGUACGGGAAGGGCUGACGGAUACCGAGCACAAGCCACAGCAGAAAGGCUUUAGGAAAAAAGAUUCAUCUCUGGCAACGGUGACCGAGGAGGCCCAACAAAGUAUCUCAGAGGCCUCACUCAACGGAGACAUCCCAGAACCUCUCUCCAAGGACUCCACUUUGUCACCGGCUCUGGACAAAGACAACCCACUUUCCCCGGUUCUGGUGAGCAUCAGUCGGGCUCCUGACGAGAGUGACAUCACGACAAAGUCAGAACUCAAGGAACACCAGGAGACCAUCACUUCCACUCCAGAUAAAGAACCAUCUAACCUGCUGCCCAACCCACACAUAGCCCACCUGCUCAGCCAGCCCAGAGACUCCUUUGAAAUGGAGGAGUUGCAGAGUAAUGAGGAUGAAGCUCUUCCUGGUCCUGGCGGCAUGUCUCGAGAUGGCAGCGAGCGGUUAUUGAGAACUGCCAGCCAGCAGUCUGACAGCAGUGGGUUUGCAGAGGACCCAUCCACAGACGGUUCGGGUAACCACCUGAAGGUACAAGAAAGCUCAGACAGCUGUGAUAGUGAAACUACAGUGACAUCGCAUGCAGGAGAAGUCAGCACACCAGUAGCAUUGGAGUGCCCCAACUUUGAAAGAUUGCAGGCUGAGGACACCCAUCCUCUGCCCAGAGGUACAUCUAGCCAGAGUGAAGCCAACCAAGAAGUCCCUGAGAUCACCAGCCUCCAGAUUCCCAAUCCAAACUCUGACAAUAUUAGCACCAAUGGACCACUCCUUUCUCCUGACUCUGAUAAAGAUUCCAUAAUCGAGUCCGGUUCCAAAACAGAAGAACCCACCACAUAUUCUCCAGAAUUGGAUUUGAGCGUGAUGGUAGAUCCUACAAGAGAUUCCAUCUCAGAUGUAACUCAUGAGGGCAACAUAUCCCAGCCUGGUUUGGGCAUGGAUCCAGACUCUCCUGAAGAUCUACAUUCAUCCUCUGGACCAGAGCCUUCGGAUCUUGAACAAUGCCAUUCCACGGAUCAAAGGAGGCAGAUGGCCCUCCACACAGCCCAUCAAAGGUCAUCCUCAAUGGACGAGGAACGUCCUGGCCGAGUAUGGGUGAGGGACAGCGACUUGCUGAGGGAAAGCUUGGAGAGGAAUCCUUUAAGGAGAUCUAGCUCCCUUCCAUUGACUUCGCUCAGCCCAGCUCGAGUGGUCACCUCCAUGCGCGUCCAACUGGGAAAGGGCUCGGUCAAGCACUGUACACCACCCUCGUAUUCAUACCGCUACGAAGAGGAAAAUCGCAGUGACCGAGAAGAAGUGGAUUCCAUCAUGGAAGAAGAUGAAGUUGAUCAUGCUGGCAGACAAUCUACACUCUUGAAUUCUGCUCCAGCAGAAAGAUCAAAGAUGGAUAGGGGAACACCACCACACCCUCUCAACAUACCCCAACAUCUGACUCGCUCUUCCAGCUCGCUUUAUAGCGUCCCUGCCGACUGGCCCCAGAGGCCCUUGGGUGAAGGUCCAAACUGGAGCACAUAUAGUGUCCCAAACCUUCCUAAUUAUACAGGUCUGCCCCACCAUCUUCCUCAUCCUCCUCCUAAUGGGUCCUUCUACUCUCCACAACACGGAAUGGCCUACAACUUCACGUACCCUACCAGACCUCCCCACCACACUCCCUUCCAACAACCGCAGAGCUCGCCUGGUCCUCAGCCACUUCAGAGCAAUACAUUUACUCCACCACAGGGGGCGCCCUUUACACCCCAGCACAAUAUACAUUAUGCUAAUCCUCACAGCAUACCAUACAACCCAUUCUGUUCACCUUAUAACGUUUCUCAGGGAGCUCCCUACGGCCCUUCAAUGAACAUCCACGGCAGCCCGUACCACACUCACGUCCCUCUCGCGCAGUCCCACAGUGCCCCCUACACUUUGGGAUACAACAAUUCUCCACAUCACCCCGGUGCCCCCUACAGUCAUCCAUAUUAUCCGUCUCCCCCCUACCCUUUCUCCUUUGGGACUCCUCCGGCACCCGCCCCUGCGAUGGGCAGCACAGAGAUGCAGCUCAGGAGGGUCCUCCAUGACAUUCGUGGGACAAUGCAGAACCUUGGUCAGAGCUCAUCUGUACAUGGAGGGGACACACCCAUUGACAGGAUCAGUACACCACACUCUGUCCAACUGCUUUAUGAGGAGCUCCAGAUGCGGAGCAAGAGUCUGAACGUCUUCCGGACUCAGAUGAUGGAUCUGGAACUGGCUCUCAUGAGACAGCAGUCUAUGGUCUACCAGCAUCUUAGUCCAGAUGAGAGGCGAGAGGCGGAACAACUCCAAACACUGCGGACUGCAGUCAGGCAGGAGCUACAGGAGCUGGAGCUGCAGCUGGAAGACCGCCUGCUCUCUCUGAAUGAACAGAUGCGAAGCACCUCCCAGCACAGCAGCCUCUACCGCCACCACAUGGGCAUGCAGAGAGGUAACAGCAUGGAAAGUCUGUCUAAUUCUUCAGCACUGCGGGCCAUGGAGCCGGUGACGGACCUCCUGAAGGAGCAAUUGUACCUUCAGUCUGAGUUGGGAUAUGAGGCUGCCACACCCAGUUCAGGCCGCUCAUCGAGAGCAUCCAGCCCUGGCAGAUUCAACCGAACACGCGAGUCUUGCUCUCCUUCCCUGCAAAGAGGCAGCGUUUACCGGGCCACCCUCAACCUCACGCCCACCGUCCCUCCACGGCCUGGAAUGGAGGUUCCUCGGCCUGUAUCCCCAGAAAGGAUGGAGCCGAGCCUGACACCUACUUCUUUGGAGUUCAGCAGAGAUGAGGACGAGUCGUCACUGGAUGGUCGCAGGAGCAGAACGACGGAGGAUUGCAGUCCCACCGAGUGGAGGAGUAGAAGUAGAGGAAAUGGUGACCUGCAACAUCUUAUACAGGAGAUUAAAGAUAGCAUCGCUCAUGAAAUCAGGCAGGAGAUUGUGAACGAGCUUCUGGCUGCUGUGUCGCCACAUAGAUCUCCUCUCCCAGCCAGGAAGCCCCCUGCGUAAGCAUCAUAACAGAGGAUGGAGGUGAAGAAGAAGUAAAUCCUGUGAAAUAGUCGCAACGAACACUGGUUAAAGCUUUGCACUGAGAACGGCCCAGCACCUCUUUCUGGUUCUGUCUGUGAAGCCCUUCCAGACUCGAAUGCUUCUGGACUGUCGAGUUGCAGCGAAUCUUUUUAAGUCCAGAUUCCACAUUUGCAGCGGUUGAGAUCUUCCACUGUCCAAAUCCGCAAAAGGGCACAUGGCUUACUGUGGCAUCUGUCUGGUACAUAUUACAGAAAUGUAAUGAAUCUUUUGGGAUGUAUUUAAGUAUGUGAUGCAGGUCUUGUCGAAUGUUUGCAGCAGUUGAAAAGACUUGUGGGUGACCUAAAGUUUUCUGUUUGAGUGUGUCUUUGUCUGUCUAGGACAAAAAUGUCUACUGUAAUCAGACUUGUUUUCUAAUUCAGCCUCUGUGAGGAACUAACUGUGCAAUACAUUUCACUUUUUUUCUCUCUCAAACUUGAACUGACCAAUCACAACUACUGUUCUACUCAAAAUGCACACAGCUGUCUUCAUUUCCUGUUGAUAGUCUAUCACAUACUGUAUGUAUAGAUAAGACACUUAAAGCCUUCGGAGCAUAUUCAGAAACAUUUUGUCCUGUGAGAAGAAAAAGCACUAAAUUCCCUUUAUAUAAAUUUACACUAGCACGCUUUUAAAAGAUUUUUUUUAUUCCUAACGACAGCAGAGGAUAAUCUGUCAAAUCUGCUGUCUUCUGAUGAGGAUUUAAAGUGUUCGACUUAAUUUUCCUCAGUGUGAAUGAGUUUUUUUUUGGUUAUUGUUGUCUGAGAUGUAAUGAAUUGUAAUACUAAUUGAUUUAUGCGACUAAGGGGAUGUGUUCCCUUUCCGCCUGGGAUGCAUGAGGGAUAAUCUUUAAUGCAAAUCAUUAAUAAAGAUUUAUUUAUUUUGUA